GUAUUGUCUUGAUUUCCUUCAGGGAAUGUAUUUAAUGGAGGUAAUAAGUAUGAUUAGCAGGUAUAACAUUUGCUACAGUAUGUUCAUCAACUCAAUUUAGCGUGCUAGCAUGCUAACGUUUGCUUAUUAACUACAGCUGAGGCUGCUGGGAAUAUCAUUCGUUUUGCAUUUGUUUGUUCAUAAAGCAUCUUUGAUUUGAUUACUUUUAUCCAGACAUGAAUACAAUUUGAUUUGCAAUCUAUUGGAAGGGGAUCACGAGUCAGUAUAUGCAUCCUCUGAGGACCAUGAUUGUCUGUACAACAUUGAUUGGCAAUUCAUUUAUAAGUUGUUAAGAUAUUUGAGUCUGGACCAAAGUGGGGUAAGCUGCCAUUACCAAAUCACUAUUGAGGCUGAAAAUGAGACCAAGCUUUAGAAAUUCCCUUCAUAAUUAUCAAACAAAACUUAAACUUAAAAAAGGGAUGUCUCUUUGAAAUAAAAAUAUUUACAAUGAGAAGAAUUAGCCUGGAAUAUUUUCUUCUGAAUCAUAACUGGUGUUUUCCUGCCCCCAGAGUCUGAGAGUCCCUGGUGAGCCGCCAUGGUGUGCAACCGCCUGCUGCUCUCCGUCUACAUCGUCACCUUCCUGAUGGGGGUCCCCGCCAACAUCCUGGCCUUCUUCACCUUCUGCAAAAAGGUGCGCCGCAAGCCCGCCCCCAUCGACAUCCUCCUGCUGAACCUCACCAUCUCAGACCUCAUCUUCCUGGCGUUCCUGCCCUUUAAAAUUAAAGAGGCCUUUGACGGCAUGGUGUGGCUGCUGCCCUACCCCCUCUGCCCCCUCACUGGCUUCUUGUUCUACGUCACCAUCUACAACAGCACCCUGCUCCUCACCGCUGUGAGUGUGGAGCGAUACCUGGGGGUGGCGUUCCCCCUCAGGUACUCCCUGUGUCGCAGACCUCGCUACGCCGUGUACGCCAGCCUGGUGUUCUGGGUGGUGACCUCUCUGAACCUCAGCAUCGUCUACAUCAUACCCUACGCCCAGUGGAGCAGCGGGGCAGAGCGUGACCAGGACGAAGGCAGCACCGCCGGUAAGAACGCCCCGCCUCCACAUACCUGCUACCUGAACUUCACCGGGGAGGAGCUGAAGAUCCUGCUGCCGGUUCGCCUGGAGCUCUUCUUCGUCCUCUUCUGCGUCCCCUUCUUCAUCUGCUGCUUCUGCUACGCCAACUUCAUCCACAUCCUGUCCAAGCUUCCCAACAUCAGCAGGCGGAAGAGGCUGCGGGCCAUCGGUUUGGCGCUCGGCACGCUGAUAGUGUUCGUGGUGUGUUUCGGGCCCUACAACGCCUCCCACGUGGUGGGGUUCGUCCGCCAGGAGAGCGAGGAGUGGAGGAACGUGGCGCUGCUCGCCAGCACCUUCAACGCCUGCCUGGAUCCCUUCAUCUUCUACUUCUCCUCAGCGGCCGUCAGAAGCAUGUUGAACCACUGCGUCAGGAACAUCAUGGCCAAGCUGCACAUCCUGAGGUGUGGAGGCCCCCCUCACCCUCCUCACCCCCCUCACCCCUCUAAAUGA